GUGAUCUUUAGUCAGCUGCAAUAUUCGCGUUAUUGAUAACUUUCCACCAGUUCUUAGAAGUAACAAGUUAUUCGUUUUGUUGUGAAUGGUGUUUCCUUUUUAAUUUGUCACAUUUUGUAAAUAAUUGUCCUGGAAUGCAGAACUAGCAGUUCUACUUCGAUACCUAGUUUAAAUCACCUAGACCAUGAAUUCCAAAAUUCUUUUUGUAUUAAUUAUAGCACACAUAGGAUUGAUAAAUGCGAUAUCUCCUUGCUGCAAUGGUCCGAAUCAGCUGGGACCAAGGCACAAUUGCUCCGAUGGAAUAGAAAUGAAGAAACUUAAUUGCGAAGACAGUUACAUUUUACGUGUCAGUGAUCCAAGUAUCAAGUUUAGCCAUGAUUAUAAGGGUAAUUUGAUUUUAGAUGACAAAGAUGUUGUUCCUGUCGGAGAAUACUGCCGUACUAUGUUAAUGUCAAAGAAAACCGAAGUUUACAUAGUGUGUGCAACAGAUGUUGACGAUGAUGUGGAUACUACAACAAGAACCGUUACUACCAUAUUCGAGCUUAUUUCUAUAUUUUUCAUUCUGCUAACGGUUGUGAUAUAUUUAUUAGUUCUCGAUUCACUGCAUAUACAGGACGCCUGUAUACUACACUCCAUAACGGCAUUGGCUAUAGCAUAUCUCACAUUGUGUAUAAUAAACCUCUCCGAACAUCUAGAAGAAACACCUUGUCACUUUUUAGCAUAUUUGUUAUAUUUUUCCUUCCUAUAUUGUUUCUUUUGGCUCAACGUACUGUGCUUUCAUAUAUGGAAAGAAGUUGUAAAACCAAAAUGGUUGGGAAAUAUUAAGCAUUGGAAAUUAUUGUACCACAUUUACGGAAUUGGAGCUCCGGUUUUAGCUGUGUGCUGGUUAUUAAUAAUGCACUAUGGACAUCCCGCCGGACUGUCUUCUAUACAUCCAGGAAUCGGAAUAUCAAGAUGUUGGUUUAAAACUGCAAGGGAAAGUCACAUUUAUUUCAAUGGACCAGUUGCGGUUUUACUUAUAAUUAAUAUAGUAUUCUUCAUUUGGACGAUAGUGGAACUAUGGAAAAGCUCUAAAAACUGCCCAAGAACUAAAAUACUCAAAUUCAGACUAAAAAUGUACGUGAAAUUAUUCUUUGUUAUGGGAAUUACUUGGAUCUUUGAAAUUAUCUCAACCAUUUUUGAAAAUGAUGCACCUAAGUGGCUUUGGAUUAUUACUGACGUUCUCAACGCAAUGCAAGGAAUAGUAAUAUUUCUAAUCUUGGUAGUCUUCAGAAAAACCAUCAAAAGGGCCUUUGCUAACAAAAGAAUUUGCAAAUGGAGAUUACCGGCUCAAUGGAAGAAUGACAAAGACAGCGAAUGUGAAGAAUUGGAUGAAGAUAUUAGUCUCAGUAACUGCGUUACAAACAAACCAACUAUUUAUUAAAACAAGAUAUGAAGUCUCCCAGGAUUAUAUUAAAAAAAUUAUGUCGAUAAAUUAAGGAAAGGUGUUAAGUGGAACUUUGCCAAAAAUACAUAAAUGGCAGCGAUGGAUUUGUUAUAGGAAGUAAAAACCAGCAACACUAACAAUGCAUGUACAUAUUUUAAAGGACAAAAUGUUUCGAAAGAAUCUUAACAAUUUACAUGUUUUUCCUAUGGAAAUAAAUAGUACGAUUUUUUAUUAUGAGUAAGAUGUAUAUAUAAUUAAUAUUAAUAUAGAAAUAAUUUUCUCU